AUGAUCAAAAUCAACCAAGGAACUCCUCAAGCCGAAGUAAAAUUAGUAGUCGACCUCGGUGGAAAGUUACCCUGGUUUGGGUGCCGUAAAGGUUAUAAUUCAUCAUCGUACCAUCCAGUCAGUUGCAUGUUACCCCAAUGUUCUCAAGCGAACAAACCUGUCAGUACUUGUGCAUUAUACAAUGGCACUGCUAAGCCUUAUAAUAAUGCAUGCAUCAUUUACAUAAGAAAUCCAGUAACACGAUAUGCCGGUAGAGGUGACCUCAUCUCAGAUCUUAUGACUGUUACAUAUAAUUUUAACCUUGAAGUCAGCCAGGCGGUUACUUCACUUCGCAGGUUUGCAUUUGGUUGUGCGGCUUCUAGUAAUUUCUUUACUAGAUUGUCUAAAGCUUCUAAAGGAGUAACUGGUCUUGGACGUUCAUCUGCUCUUUCCUUAGUUCCACAAAUUAAUGAAACUUUCUAUUCUUCCAAUCCUUUGACUAAAAAAAAUUACAAAGGUAUUGCUGACUUCAUCAAUAAGAAUUAUAAGGACAUACCUUCGAAAGCUGAAAACACAACUAAAGAAGUUGAAGUGAUUCUGGAUACACUUCCACAAGCUAAGCUUGAUUUUGGCAAUUUGCUUGUCUUACUUGCUAACAAUUUUACUUUAUCAGAUCCAUAUUACUGCUAG